AUGAAAAGUGGAAUGAGCAUAUAUGGUAACAGUCAGCGAAAAGUUUGGCGAAUAGAGCCUACCCAGAUAUGCCUUCGGGAGCAAUUGCUGCAAAAGGCUGAGAUAUGUGCAGGCAGUGGAGGUCAGCUGGAAUGGAAGCAAUGCAGACCAGCAAUUCUCUCCAAUGUCAUGCAAGCUAAACGCUCAUUUAUGAAGAUGACAUGGAUCGCUUCCUGGAUGCUAACAAGUCAAACCAACAAAGUUCUAUUAUAA